AUGAAACCAUUAUCGGAAGGACAGUUAAGGCUUUGUGUUGUCCAACCAGUACACCUCACUCCGUGGCUCCUUAUGUUUUUUAUUGUGAAGUCUAUCUCUUCUUUAAAACCUGCUCAACUUCCAAUUUAUCAAAGAAAACCUUUUAUAGCUGCUUGGAAUGCUCCAACAGAUCAGUGUUUGAUAAAAUAUAAUGUAAGACUAAAUCUGAAAAUGUUUCAGGUGAUGGGAAGUCCACUAGCCAAAGCUAGAGGGCAAAAUGUCACUAUAUUUUAUGUCAACAGAUUGGGGUAUUAUCCAUGGUAUACAUCACAGGGGGUCCCCAUCAAUGGGGGUCUCCCUCAGAACAUAAGUUUGCAAGUACAUCUGGAAAAAGCCGACCAGGAUAUUAGUUAUUACAUCCCUGCUGAAGAUUUCAGUGGACUUGCUGUGAUAGAUUGGGAAUAUUGGCGACCCCAGUGGGCCCGGAACUGGAACGCAAAAGAUGUCUACAGACAGAAGUCAAGAAAACUUAUUGCUGAUAUGCAAAAGAAUAUAUCUGCUACUGAUAUUGAAUAUUUAGCCAAAGAGACCUUUGAAGAAAGUGCUAAAGCUUUCAUGAAGGAAACCAUCACCUUGGGAAUUAAGAGCCGACCCAAAGGCCUUUGGGGUUAUUAUUUAUAUCCUGAUUGCCAUAAUUAUAAUAUUUAUGCCCCAAACUAUACGGGGUCAUGUCCAGAAGAGGAAGUUCUGAGGAACAACGAGCUCUCAUGGCUCUGGAACAGCAGUGCUGCUUUAUAUCCUUCUAUUGGCAUCAGGAAAUCCCUUGGAGAUGGUGACAAUGUUCUGCGUUUCUCACAGUUUCGGGUGCAUGAAUCCAUGAGGAUCUCCACCAUGACAUCCCAUGACUAUGCUUUACCUGUAUUUGUCUACACAAGGCUGGGGUACAGAGACGAACCCUUAUUUUUUCUUUCUAAGCAAGAUCUAGUCAGUACCAUAGGAGAAAGUGCUGCCUUGGGAGCUGCAGGCAUUGUUAUUUGGGGAGACAUGAAUUUAACUUCAUCUGAGGGCAACUGUACCAAUGUGAAGCAGUUUGUGAGCUCUGAUUUAGGGAGCUACAUAGUCAAUGUGACCAGGGCUGCAGAGGUAUGCAGCCUUCACCUCUGCAGAAAUAAUGGAAGGUGCAUGAGGAAGAUGUGGAAAGCUCCCAAUUACUUGCACUUGAACCCUGCAAGUUACCACAUAGAGCCCUCUGAGGAUGGGGAAUUUAUUGUGAAAGGAAAAGCAUCUGAUACAGACCUGGCAGUGAUGGCAGAGAAAUUUUUCUGCCAUUGUUAUAGGGGAUAUGAAGGAACUGAUUGCAAGGAAAGGAAGACAGCUGAUGGCUGCUCUGGACUGUCCCCUUUUUCUGGCUCACUAAUAACACUAUGCCUGCUGGUUUUAGCAGGUUAUCAGGAUACUCAGUCAUGA